ACGAGUUUAUUUUAAUUUGCAAAAACGACACAGCGCACGGUGAAAAAUAUUUUCGGAAAAAAGGAAAAUAAUAAAAAUAAAUUCAGAAAAACUGCGCUACAAACGACACCAUACAAAUUCAACAAAACCAAAAAAUUAUUUAAACAAAAUAAAAUAAUAAAAAUAUUUAACAAAAAACUAUUACAGAAAAUCAUAGAAAAAUUGAUCUGUAUAAAACAAAGGAAUUGGAAAAGAAGAAACCUAACGGAAUUUGUGUUGUUGGAUUGCUAUUAAUUCCAAGAAAUAAAUGCAGAGUGCUGACGUCAUGUACCGCAGCAGCCCAGAAAGUAAUAUGCAAAAUGCUGAAACAUUUACGAAUUUAUUAGGCUUAAACAUGAAGUGCUUCCAAGAAAUGUACUUGGAUACAUGUGCCUCUUUAGCAGCUGCCGGUUCAACAACAUCAUCACCCAGCAUUUCACCAACCUCAUCAAAUGGCACAUCAGCCACCGGCUCCUUACUGCUUUCACCAGUUUCAAUGUCGCCGCCAAACUCAUCUGCCUGCCAUUCUUCUAAUACUUCCAGCUCCUCACCGACUGGCAGUGGUGGAUUAGGCAGUAUUGGUUUUGAAAAUAUGACAGCUAUACAACAGCAACAAUUGUUGGCGGCUCAUCAGCAACAUUUAGCGGCUGCUGCAGUAGCACAACAUCAAUUGGCUAUGGCUGCUGCUGCUGCCGCUGGCAAUCAACAGUCAUCGACAGCUCUUGCUAAUGGUAGCAAUAUAGGAGGUUCUUCCACAACUAGCCAACAACAACAGGAUGAAAUUUCCAAAUCUCUUAAAAUGUUUGCCAUGCUAACAGCCUAUUCUAAUGAAACACCCACCAUUACACCGCAACAACAACAACAACUAUCCACACAUUCUCCAGUGGAUGCUGUAAUGCAAGAUUUUGCUUGUAAUGGUUAUAUUUGUGAUGAAUUAAAUCGCUAUCAGUUGGGUAUGAAUUUAACUAAUAAUACCUCAACUGCUACAGCUGCCAAUCUACACAAUUCUACUUCCAAUGGUCAACAUCAGCCCAACAGUGGAAUUGCUAGUUCAAAUGCAGCAGCAGCAGCUGCUGUUGCUGCUGCAGCAACCUUAAAUCAACAACAAUUGCAACAGCAGUUGCAGCAACAUAAUCUCAAUAUAAAUUUCAAUAAUAAUUUUUGGAAAAUGUUGCCCAGUCAUAUGCAGCAACAUUCGAAUGCAGUUUCAGCAGCUGCUGCUGCCGCCGCAGCGGCUACAGCUGCAGCAGCUGUUAACAUUGAUUAUAAUUGUAAUCAAAAGAAGUUGCCAAAACGUUAUGGCAACAAAAAUGAAAAAUAUUCUUCGGCCAAACAUUGUGUUUUCUGUGAAAAUAAUAAUGAACCCGAGGCCGUUGUAAAGUCUCAUGCCGUGCGUGAUUCUUUAGGCAGAGUUCUCUGCCCAAAAUUACGAACCUACAUAUGUCCAAUUUGCAAAGCAUCCGGAGAUAUGGCACAUACUGUCAAGUAUUGUCCACAAAAACCCAUUAUAACAAUGGAAGAUGCCAUUAAAGCGGAAUCGUUCCGUUUAGCCAAGGACACCUACUACAAACAACAAAUGAAAGUUUAAAAAUGAAAUCAAAUCGUAUUGAUUUUAUUAUCGUUUUGCGAAAGUUAAUAUCAAGUUAAAUUUGAUAUAUAUUCGCAUAAAAAAAUCAUAUAAAAAUUUAUUUUAUUUAUUAAAAAAA